GGCGGGGAUGCGCAGCCCGCGGCGCCAGGAUGCGGGAGGGGAGCGCGGGCGGCCGCGGCGCGGAGAACCGGACGGGCGCCGAGCCCCCGCUGCACCUGUUCCCCGUGCCCGUGCUCACCGGCAUCACCGUCGCCUGCGUCCUGCUCUUCGUCAUCGGGAUCAUCGGCAACCUCAUGACCAUGCUGGUGGUGUCGCGGUUCCGGGACAUGAGGACCACCACCAACUUCUACCUGUCCAGCAUGGCCUUCUCCGACCUGCUCAUCUUCCUCUGCAUGCCCCUGGACCUCUUCCGCCUCUGGCAGUACCGGCCCUGGAACUUCGGGAACCUCCUGUGCAAGCUCUUCCAGUUCAUCAGCGAGAGCUGCACCUACUCCACCAUCCUCAACAUCACGGCGCUCAGCGUGGAGCGGUACGUCGCCAUCUGCUUCCCCCUGCGAGCUAAAGUCAUCAUCACCAAGGGGAAGGUCAAGCUGGUCAUCCUCUUCCUCUGGGCCAUCUCCUUCAUCAGCGCCGGUCCCAUCUUCAUCCUGGUGGGGGUCGAGCACGAGAACGGCACGAACCCCCUGAGCACCAACGAGUGCCGAGCCACAGAGUACGCCAUCCGCUCGGGGCUGCUCACCAUCAUGGUCUGGACCUCCAGCAUCUUCUUCUUCCUGCCCGUGUUCUGCCUGACCGUGCUCUACAGCCUCAUCGGGAGGAAGCUCUGGAGGAGGAAGAGGAAGAACAUCGGUCCAAACACUGCCAUCAGGGAUAAGAACAACAAGCAAACUGUGAAAAUGUUAGUCGUGGUGGUUUUUGCGUUCAUACUCUGCUGGUUGCCUUUUCACGUAGGACGCUACUUAUUUUCCAAAUCCUUUGAAGCCGGCUCCCUGGAGAUAGCAGUGAUCAGCCAGUACUGCAACCUGGUGUCCUUUGUCCUCUUCUACCUUAGCGCAGCCAUCAACCCCAUCCUGUACAACAUCAUGUCGAGGAAGUACCGCGCGGCCGCCUGCCGCCUGCUGGGGCUGCGCGCCCUGCCCCAGCACAGCCUCUCCAGCAGCAAGCAGGGCAGCUCCCGCGGCUGGACAGAGCCCGCUGGCACCACAUGA